AUGAUUUAUGGAACGACAUGUCGAUAUGGAUGCUACAAAGGCUAUCAACUUAUGGGAAAUAUUCACGAACUACAAUGCACAAUAGAGGAAGCUUGGUCUUCUAUGUCCCCUGAAUGUAAAAAGAUUACAUGUCCAGCCUUACCUCCAACUGAGGGUAUGUUACACAGAACCUGUACGGACAGUAACAGGUUUGGGAGUGUUUGUACCUACACAUGUCCAACAGGUUAUGAUAUUCCAUUGUAUAUGAACAGGGUUCGUGUCUGUGGGGCAGACAGGUAUUGGCGAGGAGAGGAACCUGUAUGUAAAGAUAUUGAACCUCCUAAAUUCCAAAAUUGCUCAAAGAUGGUAGAAGGAUAUGCUGAUAGAAAUUCCACGAAAGGAACCAUUUUCUGGAGAGAACCAAUAGCUACUGAUAAUUCCCACGAAGUGUUCAUUCAUAGUAACAGUUCCAUCUCUCCCGGAAGUAUAGUUGAAGCAGGCGUUUACCAUGUGGUAUAUAUGGCCAAUGACACCGAAGGAAAUAAUGCUGUUCCUUGUAAAAUCAAGCUUAUUAUGAAAAUUCUAAAAUGUCCCAAAAUUUUCGAAAAACCACACCAAAAAGUUAUUUGUGAAUCUGGAACUAAGUAUGGGAGUAUAUGCAGAUUUGAAUGUGAUUAUGGCGCUGUUCUUAAUGGAACCAAAGCUGUAAGUUGUGAAAAGUCACCAACUGGUAACUUUGCCAUGUGGUCGUGGGGUUCAAGCCAUUUGCCAUUUUGUAAUGUACUUAUUACGUGCCCAGAAAUCACAAAAAUUCCCAAAAACGGUGCUCUUGCAUGCGACAAUUGGCUUGGUGGACAGUUUUGUCGGAUGUUUUGUAAAGCUGGAUUUGAUGUUCAAUCAAGUUUUCGCCUAGAAGAAAUGUUGGUUUGUGGAAUGUCUUCAGAUAAAAUGAAAAAAGGGAAAUGGCUGCCCUCGGGGUCACUUCCAUUACCAGACUGUGCAAAGACACAUAAUCCAACUGGUGGAAGUCUUGGAAUCCAUGCAAAUUUUUAUUUCAAUGGAGAUUGUACUAAUGAAUCCGUAAUUGCAGAGAUUAGAAAGAAGUUUAUUGAAGCUUUAAAGGAUUCUCUCUAUCAGGAUGCAUGUUUGAUCAAUGCAAAAGACUGCACUAUUCAAAACGUCAAGGUUCGAUGUGGAUUAACAGAACGAAAAAGGUCAUCUGAUGUUGGAAUAGACUUAGAGGUUAUUGCAGAAUUUGAUUUCCAGAACUUUGAAGAGACAUUCACAAAUUUCAGCCAAAGCUCAUCGACAGACAUAAUGAAAAAAUUAGAGUCAAUGAAAAGAGAGGGAUAUUUAAAUUUAACACUUCAAAAUGGAGGUGUAAUGGUACCCGAAGAUUUCUCUACCAAAGAAAUUACUUUGGCUUGUUCCAAUAACACAGUUCCGUCUUUCAGAACGCUUUCAUGUGAAGGAUGUGACCCUGGAAGCUGGUCUCCAGACGGCACUCCAGUUUGUUCUUUAUGUACGGUGGGAACCUACAGCGAGAUGUAUGGCCAAGAUCAAUAUUUCGACAUUGUCUUGUUGCAUAAUACAAGCAAAAUAGAUAAAGAAUUUGUUGUUUCCGAAACGGUAGGGGAAUUUAUUCUGAAAAUGUGGAUAAAUGUUGUCGGUGAGGAAGGUCUAAUGUUAACUCUGGAGAGUCAAAACUUGUCAAUCAACUUUAAAAUGAUAGUGGGUCAGAGCUUUGCGUCAGGGUAA